AUGUCAACAACGUGUGAAGUAUUGACACACGAACAGACCCGUGAUAUUGAGCAUUUCACUCUUGAGGCGCUACCAAGAGAGCAUGUUGGACAGGACUUGAGCGAAUCAUCAGAAACAUUUCCUGCGCUCGAAAAAUGGAAUUCUUCUCGACUCAAUAUUUAUCGCUCAUUGGCGACAUUCUGGAGCUUUCUAGUGAUGGGUGCGAAUGAUGCUGCAUAUGGCGCAUUGAUUCCAUAUCUUGAAUCUUACUAUAACCUCAGCUACACAGUUGUGUCACUGGUCUUUCUUUCGCCUUUAGUGGGCUACACACUCGCCGCAUUUCUAAACCAGCGUAUCCACCUUGCCCUUGGCCGCCGUGGGCCUGCAUUGAUUGGACCGAUCUGUCAUCUCAUUGCUUAUAUUGUCAACUGUGUUCAUCCACCAUAUCCUGUUCUUGUUGUCUCGUUUAUAUUUGCCGGGUUCGGCAAUGGCGUGCAGGAUGCCGCCUGGAAUGCAUGGAUAGGUAAUAUGGCCAAUGCUAAUGAGGUUCUCGGUGUCCUACAUGGGCUUUAUGGAGUUGGUGCGGUUAUAAGCCCUCUGGUGGCAACUUCAUUGAUCACAAAAGCAAAUGUGGAAUGGUAUUAUUUUUACUAUAUGAUGGUGGGAUGCGCAUUUGUUGAGCUCAUUGUCCUUGGAAGCUGUUUCUGGACUUCGACUGGAGCUGCAUUUCGCGCUGCCAAUGCAAGUUCUCAAGGCAAGAAAGGUGGAUUGAGAAAUGCACUAUGGCACCGACCUUCUGCGCGAGUUACCUGGCUCUGCUCCCUGUUUCUGCUUGGCUAUGUCGGCGUAGAAGUCGCCCUUGGUGGAUGGAUUGUCGAGUUUAUGUUGAAUGUGAGACAUGGAGCAGCUUUUGCGAGUGGUAUGACAGAGACUGGCUUUUGGCUGGGGAUUACCGUGGGUCGACUGGUGUUAGGUUUCUUGACUCCAAGACUUGGUGAGAAGUUAGCAAUCGCGGGGUAUAUUCUAUGCUCGAUCGCUUGUGGGCUUAUCUUAUGGCUUGUACCUGAAUUUUAUGCUUCCGCGGUAGCCGUAUCUUUCCAAGGCUUCUUUUUGGGGCCAUUGUUCCCUGGUGCGGUUGUGAUGGUGACAAAGCUUUUACCUCAGCACCUCCAUGUCAGCUCAAUAGGAUUUGCUGCAGCGUUUGGAGGAUCGGGCGCCGCUAUUCUUCCAUUUGCUGUUGGCGCGCUGGCACAAGCCAAAGGCGUGGGUGUACUGCAACCGUUUAUCAUUGCUCUGUCUGGUGCAAUUUUCCUAGCAUGGCUAGGACUACCGCGGACCGUUAAGCAGAAUGUGCAAUGA